AUGGUGGCCGGGCGCGUCAAGGCGGCCAUGGGCUUCCACCACAGCAGUCCCACUCCCAGGGCGCCCAAAUCGCCGGCGCCCCACGCCGAGGAGCACACGCGGACGCCGGCCCGGGUCCCGCCGCCGCCCUCGCCCGCGGCGUCCAAGGCGUCGGCGUUCGCGCGCUCGCUGGGCGCCUACUUCCCGCGCUCGGCGUCGGCACAGGUGCAGCCCGCGCGCGCGCCGCCGGAGGUCGCCGGGCUGCUGCGCGCCAUCGAGCAGCUCCAGGAGCGGGAGUCGCGCCUGCGCGUGGAGCUGCUGGAGCAGAAGAUCCUCAAGGAGACCGUCGCCAUCGUCCCCUUCCUGGAGGCCGAGCUCGCCGCCAAGAGCAGCGACCUCGAGAGGUACCGGGAGUCCGCGGUCCGGCUCGAGUCCGAGAACAUGCGGCUCUGCGCCGAGCUCGACGCCGCCGUGCUGGAGGCUACCAGCAGGAAGCAGAGGAUUGUGCAGAUGGAGAAGGACAUGGCGGAGCUCAGGAAGCAGCAGGAGGCGCUCGCGGAUGACUGCUGCUCUUCCUCGGCUUCCGUCUCGGUGGAGCAUUGCGAGAGCUCCGUUGCCGCGGCGAAUACCACGAGCUUAGCUCCAUUGCAGCCGCCACCUUUUGUGUCCAAGUCCUCCUUCCCGGCCUCGCUGCACGCCUCGCCUGCGAGCUCUUCCUCAUCCUCGGCGUCUUCCUCCACGUCGACUUCGCCCACGAACUCCGGCUCGUCGUCGUCAUGCACAUCGCCCGUACCAAGAACCCGCGUGCCAGAGCUCUCGAAGCUGCCGCCGAUACCUCCGCCACCGCCACCACGGCCUCCGCUGGUGAGCUCCUCGCCCCCCAGCUCACUCGGCGUGAGCGGAAGCGCAGGCGCGCCGCCUCCUCCGCCUCCGCCCCCACCGUCCAGGAGGACGGUCAGCAGAGCAUGCUCUCCGUCGAAAUCCGGUUCAUGCGUGAGGCGCGUGCCCGAGGUGGUCGAGUUCUACCACUCGCUGAUGCGGAGGGAGUCUAAAAGAGACGGAGGGAGCGGCGGUGAUCAAGCCAACGGUGGCGGCGCGGCGGCGACCAGGGACAUGAUCGGCGAAAUCGAGAACCGAUCAGCUCACCUGCUCGCGAUCCGAUCGGACGUGGAGAGGCAGGGCGACUUGAUCCGGUUCCUGAUCAAGGAGGUGGAGGCGGCGGCGUUCGCCGGCAUCGAGGACGUGGUCGCCUUCGUCAAGUGGCUCGACGACGAGCUCUCCCGCCUGGUGGACGAGCGGGCGGUGCUGAAGCACUUUGAGUGGCCGGAGCAGAAGGCGGACGCGCUCAGGGAGGCGGCGUUCGGGUACCGCGACCUGAAGAAGCUAGAGGGCGAGGCCGCCUCUUUCCGCGACGAUGCUCGGCUACCCUGCGCCGUCGCGCUCAAGAAGAUGCAGGCCCUCUUCGAGAAGUUGGAGCAUGGCGUGUACGAUCUCGCCCGCGUCCGGGACAGCGCCGCCAGCAGGUAUGGCCGGUUCAAGAUCCCCUCGAAGUGGAUGCAAGACUCUGGGAUCGUGAGCCAGAUAAAAUUCCAAUCAGUAAAGUUGGCAAGGAAAUACCUUGAACGGGUUUCCUCUGAGCUUGAAGCCAUUAAAGUCGGCCCGGACGAAGAGGAGUUGAUGCUUCAAGGAGUACGGUUCGCCUUCAGAGUGCACCAGUUUGCAAAUGGUUUCGAUGUUGACACUAUGCGCGCGUUCCAAGAGCUCAAAGAGAAGGCUUCUAUGUGCCAUUUUCAGCGGCAAAGGCAGAAUCAACGUUUGCGACAGCAAACACUUGUCGCCAGGACCUGAGCAUCUCCUUAUGUUAUGCUGAAUGAACCAUACGCCAUCUUGUGU